AUGCCAACAGAAAAUAUGUUUACCACUAGCAAGGACGAGGACAAGAAGUUUGAGGUAUUCCCGGAAGCCGCUAUGAAGAGCGGUCCCAUCUACAAAACAGCUCCAAAAUAUGAGACAGGUGCAUAUCGUUUCCACCCUAUUACUGGCCAAGUACUCAACCAACGACUGCAGACCUGCAGGGAUCUGCAACAGCAGAAUAUCAUUAACCUCCAACCCAGUAUGCAAUCACAGCUGACCGAAGCCUACGGACUCAGUCAGUGUCCGGAUAAUCCAGCCGCGAUUAUCUCCGAAUGUGGUGACUCCGUACCAUGUCAAUACGAUUACACUACCAUGAACGCUAAGGUAAUGGGUGUGAAAAUCAAGGAAGAAUGGAACGUGUUCACCACUGAGCGGAUUGACGCAACAAGAUUCUAUAACAGUUGCGGUCCGAUCAACAUCGAAUACCCGGAAUACUUGACGAAAACUUCAUCGAUGUAUUCGGCUUAUAUGCAGGGAGAUGUGGCGCGAUUCGAGUGUGUUCAGUCGCAUUGGAUCAAAGGCGUCCACGAAUAUAAAUGCGGCAUCGUUGUCGACUAUAACCGUCCGAAUGAGUAUCGUUUUGAAUGGAACAAAGGCGAACAGCCGUGGUGUCGAUCGCGUGAAAAAGAAAAUUUCUUCAUUUGGCUCAGUGCCAUCUUAGGAACCAUUGCAAUAAUUAUGGCCAUUAUUUUCAUCUUCCUCUGCUGUUGGUGUGUAAAACAAUCAAAACGUGAGGAAAAGCGAGGAACUGUGUAUGGUAAUGGAAAUAGUCGAUCGACUUCAUUUACACGAAAGAAAUUCGGCACCCCCUCGUUCGAAUCGGAACCGUUGCAAGAAAAACCUCGGUAUACCGACAUUAUGGGAAGGGAGAGCAGUUCUUAUCGCACCAGUCCUCCACCGGCUAAAGCCAGCUACAGACUGGAAGAACAUCUCCCGAUGCCAACACAUGUUUCAACACCCGAGUCUGCGGUCGUUCGACCGGGAAGUAAUUUACAGGGCUUCAACACCUCGGUGUAG